UUGCAUUGGUUUUUGUUCGUCCUCCAGGUAUCUCUGGGAAGAGUCAGAUUCUGUUUGCAUUGGUCUUUCUCACUCGAUACCUGGAUUUGUUCACUAUUUUCAUUUCUCUCUACAACAGUUCCAUGAAGGUUAUCUACAUUUCUUGCUCAAUUGCCACAGUGUACUUGAUCUACUUCAAGUUUAAGGCCACCUAUGAUGGAAACCAUGAUACGUUCCGUGCGGAAUUUCUGGUUGUUCCUGUGGGCGGAUUGUCAUUCCUUGUCAAUCAUGACUUCUCUCCAAUGGAGAUCCUGUGGACAUUCUCGAUUUACCUGGAGUCGGUUGCAAUUCUCCCCCAGCUCUUCAUGAUCAGCAAGACGGGUGAAGCAGAGACCAUCACGACUCAUUACCUCUUCUUUCUUGGCUUGUAUCGUGCCCUGUACCUUAUCAACUGGAUCUGGCGUUAUUAUUUUGAGGGGUUUUUUGACCUCAUUGCUAUUGUGGCUGGCUUGGUUCAGACUAUUCUGUACUGCGACUUUUUCUAUUUGUACGUCACAAAAGUUCUCAAAGGAAAGAAACUGAGUUUACCAGCUUAAGUGCCAAAGAUCAUCUAAAUUUCUGUCGUUGGUUGCAUCCAGGCAGAGGAAGCAGAAAACUUACCAAGAAUGUAAGAUGCCUGAGACAGAGAGCAAGGGGACACACUUAAGAAUUGCAUUUAAAUGUCAACAGCUGUUCUGUAGUCUGAUGGACCACAAACAUCAGUUUUCUGUUUUAUGCAUCUUGCCUUUUUUAUUACAGUGUAAAAAUAUAUUUUCUACAAAAGGAAUAUAUACUGAAAGGAUGAAUUACUUGCAGUGGUUUAAAAUAAAGUUUGGAGCAUAAAUUGGAAAUACUGAAUGUGUUUCCCUUUAGCUGUUUACAAGGAUUAAGUGCAAAUUGUUUAAAUAAAAUUUGAAAAUUACUGAUCAGUUUAAUUGCUUAAAACAUGGCAUCUGAUGUACAAAACUGGUCUCUGAUUUUUCAACCACUUGCUGUAUUUAUUUGAAUUUGCCAAAUUUUUUGAACAGUUCAUUCUUUCCACUCCACCCCCCCAACCCCCAUAAACACUAGAAUUUCUUGAGGCUGAUGUAAUGAAAUAUGCCUUGUUGUCUGGCUGACAAGGUUUCCUUUAUUCAAUCAGUGGUUUAAACCACCUUCAGAUGGAAUGCAUGUAUUCUGUCCUUUGGCAUAUGUUCUUGUGAACAUAGAACAUGAAGAAUAAAGAUUACAGAAACCUUACUAGAUGUGCAUAUUACUGACUGAAAAGUGAUUUGGACCUUUUAACAUUAGAUAUUCAAGGGACCAUGACAUUUUGAGUUUUAUCUUUGGGAUUUUGUUGAACAAAUCACUUUUAGAAUUGUUGGUCUUGGCUACCACUCUUCUCUUUGAAAACAUUGGGAGGUUUAUCUUGGUUUUUUUACACACUAAGCUGUUGCAUGAUAUCUUGUGAUACUGCCCCAAAUAAACAUUUUAUGGAAAAUG